AUGUUUUAAGACUUUAAAAUAAAUUAUCAAAGAUUAAUAAAGAUAGAUUAAGGGAUUAUUUACAAAUGUGAAGAAUUAUCUUAAUAAGUUAAUUUAUUAUCUUAAUUGCAAUAAUAAAUUAAAUUUUCAAAGUAUUUAAAAAUUAAAGAUAUUGAUGUUAUAAGUAAUGGAAAGACAGCAUUGAUGAAAAUAAAAAAUUUAUAGAUUGAUUGCUAUUAAGAAUUCAAAAAAUAAACCUAUAGAAAUCAAUUUCUUCAUAUUUCAGAUUAAAUGAGUGUAUUGAAAUUACACAAAGUUAAAAUAUAUUUACUCUAAAGGAUUAUUCAAAACUUAAUCAUUAAUCUUAUUUAUUUUGUGCAAAUUGGUCAAAUAUGUAAAUGAUAGUAAAGAGGAGAAUGGGAAAAAAAAAUUUUGGUUUCGUAAUCGGCCAAAAAUUAGAAUUGCUUUACAAUGACAAAUUCGUUUAGCAUAAAAAAUUGCAUUACUUAGUAAUAUCUGAAAUAUAAUAUUUCUUAUGAUAACUUUGAUAAAAAUGACAUCUAACUCUAUUCUAUUCUUUGUUUAAGAAAUAAUAAUGAUAAAGUUCGUAUUUUAAAUUGA